GGGGUAAUCAGCCUACAACAGAUUUAAAUGGAACUUUUAGGCUAGCUGCUUGCCACACUGGUGAUGUGUUUCUCUUGUUUGAGUGUGUGAGUGAUGUCCCCGCCAUUGAAAAUCAUUUUAGCCGAGUAUUGAAAUAGGUUGUUCCUUUAAUAAUCGGCAAAAAUCCCUAUAAUCUUUCUCCUUUUACUUAAUCUAUUCAGUCAUAUUCCGUGGACAAACAUUAUAUCCAAUGGCAGACAGAGACACAGAUGAGUUAAACAUCGAUAACGUAAUAAAAAAAUUACUAAAAGUACGGGGCGAGAAGCCUGGUAUGAAUGUUCAGUUAACAGAAAUAGAGAUCAAAGGGCUAUGCUUGAAAUCGCGAGAAAUCUUCUUGUCACAACCAAUAUUACUGGAACUUGAAGCACCGCUCAAAAUAUGCGGUGACAUCCAUGGACAGUACUAUGACCUGCUAAGGCUAUUUGAGUAUGGCGGCUUCCCUCCCGAAUCUAACUACCUGUUCCUCGGAGACUACGUGGACCGUGGCAAGCAGUCACUGGAAACUAUAUGUUUACUGCUUGCAUACAAGAUAAAGUACCCAGAGAACUUUUUCCUUUUACGAGGCAACCACGAGUGCGCUAGCAUAAACAGGAUUUACGGGUUCUACGAUGAGUGCAAACGAAGAUAUAACAUCAAGCUAUGGAAAACAUUCACAGACUGCUUCAACUGCUUACCUGUGGCGGCGAUAGUGGACGAGAAGAUCUUCUGCUGUCACGGCGGUCUGUCCCCUGACCUGCAGGCCAUGGAGCAGAUCCGGCGGAUCAUGCGGCCCACGGAUGUGCCCGACCAGGGGCUUCUGUGCGACCUGCUGUGGUCCGACCCGGACAAGGACACCGCCGGCUGGGGCGAGAACGACCGCGGCGUCAGCUUCACCUUCGGCACAGAGGUGGUCGGCAAGUUCCUAUCGAAGCACGAGUUCGACCUGAUCUGCCGCGCGCACCAGGUCGUUGAGGACGGCUACGAGUUCUUUGCCAAACGGCAGCUCGUUACCCUGUUCUCGGCGCCUAACUACUGCGGCGAGUUCGAUAAUGCAGGUGCCCUUAUGUCCGUGGACGAAACACUAAUGUGCUCGUUCCAAAUCUUAAAACCUGCGGACAAACGCAAACUGUACUCCGGCCUCAACAUGGGCCGACCCAACACCCCGCCCCGGGCCCAGCCCAAGAACAAGAAGAAUUAGUGGCCCCGUACCGCUGCGUCGAGUUGAGAGACUCCAACGACUUGCAUGGAUUCCCAUACUUAAGCACCACCUACGUACAUUUAUAUGCCCAAAAACCGUACCCAGAUCGUACGCUAAAACAUAACAAAACGCAAACUCUCCGUAAUUUUAAACGUUUACGUCGCAAUGUUGCUAUGUUUUAGUAUACUGUAACGGCUCUGUGACCAGCGAGGCGGUAUAUAUACAGUUAGACUUAGAUCUAUUCAAGUUUUGACAGAUAAAGCUUUCGCUUAAGUUAGUAGCUUUCUCCGACGCGUGGCAACACUGUAGAAGUAAAAAAAGUAACGACGUUGCGACAUUGCCGAAUACAGUCUUAAAAUUGGUCAGGUUUUCCAAAACUGUCGAAUUUCUUCAAAUGACUUUAAGCUUUAUCGUGCUUGAUAAUAAGAUUCACAAACCACUGAGAGAAUUAUAACACUUUUCGAUAACCUGAUGUAUAAUAGACUGUAAAAUCGACGUUUCGCAAGUGAUUUUGGUAACUGCCGCGCUGCGUUUAAGGGUCAGUUUCUUUUCUUCUUUUAUUCAUAAUGUAGUGACGUGCGGACGCGAGUUUUUGUAUGAUAUUUUUAUAAAUUAUGAUGGAAUUUUAGCAUUCGAGUAUUAUUAUUUAAUUGAUGGCGUUUGCCGCUCUCUCGUGGUUCGCGGCCGCAGCUCGCUGCUACAAUUGCUGGACAAUUUUUGAUAAGAUUCUAUCACACGGGCGAUACGCGAUAUUGGCGAGUUGACACAGUAAAUAAGGGUCGAACUUUCAACACGGAAUCAAUAUGAAAUU